AAUAAUAAUAAAGUAUCAUUGUUCUCUCUCUCUCUCUUGAUUUUUUUUCUAUAUCCGAAAAUCUGUUCAACAGCUGUAUUUCAACUGAUUUUGAAACAUUAGCAUUUGGAUCCACUUCAAGUUUUAGAUGUGAAGCAAAUCUCUCUCUUUGGAUAGAGUCGUUUUCUUUUUCUUCCGUUUGCAUUUUGUGCUUGAAGAAGUGGUGAGAGGAAGGAUUUGGAUCGGAGAUGGCGGAGAUUUCCGGCGAAGCAGCGGAGAUAGGGAGCAAUGGGAGGAGUGAUUCGCCGGUGAGGAUGUCUUUGACCACGGCGGUAGUAGCUCCGCCGUUGGCGGUGUCGGCUUCGUUCAAGGAGAGUGGAGGGAAAGGUUCGUCGAGGAGGAAAGUUGUUAGACCUAGCUUCGAUGCGGAUAAUGAGUUCAUUACGUUGCUUCACGGGUCGGAUCCGGUGAAAGUUGAGCUUAACCGGCUGGAGAAUGAAGUUAGAGAUAAAGAUAGAGAACUGGGAGAAGCACAAGCAGAAAUUAAGGCAUUGAGGAUGUCUGAAAGACAAAGAGAAAAGGCUGUUGAAGAGCUCACUGAUGAGCUCUCAAGAAUGGAGGAGAAGCUUAAAUUGACAGAAUCUCUUCUUGAAAGCAAGAACCUUGAAAUCAAGAAAAUAAAUGAUGAGAAGAAGGCAUCCAUGGCUGCUCAGUUUGCAGCUGAGGCCACUUUGCGAAGGGUUCAUGCCGCUCAAAAGGAUGAUGAUAUGCCUCCAAUUGAAGCCAUUCUUGCACCCUUGGAAGCUGAGCUGAAGCUUGCUCGGCAAGAGAUUGCAAAGCUUCAAGAUGAUAACAAGGCCCUUGAUCGUCUAACUAAAUCAAAAGAAGCAGCUUUACUUGAAGCUGAAAGGACUGUACAAGUUGCGUUGGCCAAAGCAUCCAUGGUGGAUGACCUCCAAAACAAAAAUCAGGAGUUGAUGAAGCAGAUAGAAAUUUGCCAGGAAGAGAACAAAAUUUUGGACAAAAUGCAUCGCCAAAAGGUUGCGGAGGUUGAGAAGCUUACACAAACGGUAAGGGAGCUGGAAGAGGCUGUUCUUGCUGGCGGUGCUGCUGCAAACGCUGUUAGGGAUUACCAGCGGAAAGUUCAGGAGAUGAAUGAGGAAAGAAAAACUCUUGAUCGAGAGCUAGCACGUGCAAAAGUAACUGCUAAUAGGGUUGCCACAGUUGUAGCAAAUGAGUGGAAAGAUUCUAAUGACAAAGUGAUGCCUGUAAAACAAUGGCUGGAAGAACGAAGAUUCUUGCAGGGAGAAAUGCAGCAACUUCGGGACAAGCUUGCUAUAACUGAGCGUACGGCAAAAUCUGAAGCUCAGUUGAAAGAGAAAUAUCAAUUGCGUCUUAGAGUUCUAGAAGAGAGCUUGAGAGGAUCUUCUAAUAGUGUUAGUCGCAGUACAUCAGAUGGAAGAAGCAUGAGCAAUGGGCCUUCUAGGCGUCAGUCUCUUGGUGGAGCUGAUAGCUUCUCAAAACUUGCAUCCAAUGGGUUUUUACCCAAAAGAUCUCCGAGCUUUCAACUGAGAUCCUCUUUGUCUUCUAGUACAGUAUUGAAGCAUGCUAAAGGAACAUCAAAGUCAUUUGAUGGAGGCACAAGAUCAUUAGACAGAGCUAAAACGCUUUUUAAUGGGUCAGGCUCAAAUAUUUCAUUCAACCAGCCUUCUGAAGGAACCAUGGAGGGUGAAGCACCAAGUACUGCAAUUCCUGAUGAUUUCCAGCCCGUUGACAAAGAGGAUAAUGUUCCAGGAGUAUUGUAUGAUUUGCUGCAGAAAGAGGUCAUAGCUUUGAGGAAAGCAGGUCACGAGAAAGAUCAAAGCCUCAAGGAUAAGGAUGAUGCAAUUGAGAUGCUUGCUAAGAAGGUAGAAACAUUGACUAAGGCAAUGGAAGUUGAGGCUAAAAAGAUGAGAAGAGAAGUGGCUGCCAUGGAGAAAGAGGUUUCUGCUAUGCGUGUGGAGAAAGAACAUGAGAAUAGGGCCACGCGGUUUGGUAACUCCAAGGGAUCUGCUGCUCAGCUGCUUUCUGGAAGAAAUGCAUCUCGGAGUGGGUUAACACGCAGCACUCAAUGACAACAAAUUUUAAUUCCGGAAGCCAGAGGAGUAAAUUUGCAUAGGAUCUCCACUCUCCAGGGUCCUUUGUUUUAUUAUAUUUAUAUAAUUUUAAUAUUUCUUUUACCUCUCCUUUGGUGAGUGAGUAUAAAAUUAUAACCUGCAUACUGAUGAACCUGCGUUCACCAAAAUCAGCAAAGAGAAGAAAUCGGUAUGCUUUCGAGUUCUGACAUAGAUUGCGUAUUGCUAUGUGUAGAGAUGAGCGAAAACAAAACAGAUAAAAAGGAAGUAUUGACUGUGGGCUAACCUUUUGUCAGGCUUCCGAGUUGCCAGUGUUUGUGCGGUUGUAUAGGUAGCUCUCAACUCAUCCCCCAUCCUUUUAUUUUUCCUUCUAUUUUUGAAGUUAAUAUUUGUAAGAUGCAGUUAGUGUGAUUUGUCUUUUGAGUUUGUUAAUAUUAUUGUAACCAUAUCAGAUCAUGUGUGGCUUCUGUUAUUCAUUAAUAAUAGUUGUAAGAAACAAAAGAGACUUAAAGAGAAA